AGUCCCGCUUUUGCUUUUCAUUUCCUCUCGCAGUGACUGUCAGCUUCGGUUUCCUCUCUCUUCACUGCUUCUUUCCCUCUCUCUCUCUCUCUCUGUUUUGACGUCGUCGGAGACUCACCAGAGAAUCGGAGACCUUACGGAUGAGCGAGCGAGUGUCGUAGAGCGAAGAGGAAGAUGAAGAUCUUCGUGAAGACUCUCAAGGGUACUCACUUCGAGAUCGAAGUGAAACCCGAAGACUCGGUUGCUGAUGUCAAGAAAAGCAUCGAGACAGUUCAGGGUUCUGAUGUUUACCCUGCUGCACAACAGAUGCUUAUCCAUCAGGGGAAAGUUCUUAAAGAUGGCACAACGCUAGAAGAAAAUAAAGUUGCGGAGAACAGUUUUGUUGUCAUCAUGUUAACCAAGAGUAAGGUCUCAUCAAGUGGAACCUCAAGUACAGCAGCUGCACCCACAAGCCAGGCUCAACCUGCAAGUACUUCCCCUCCUACCGUGACAAAUACUUCCCCUCCUACUGUGACACAACCACCACCUGCUUCUCAACCUCCUGCCCCAACUGCAGCACCGGCCCCUUCUGUCCCUGAACCCACUCCUGUUGCAGCCCCUCCUGCUUCUUCAGAAUCAGAUGUCUAUGGCCAAGCAGCAUCAAAUCUUGUUGCAGGAAGUACUUUAGAGACUACCGUUCAACAGAUUCUAGAUAUGGGUGGAGGAAGCUGGGACCGAGACACCGUUGUCCGUGCUUUACGUGCUGCUUUUAACAACCCUGAAAGAGCUGUUGAGUAUCUCUAUUCUGGAAUUCCUGAGCCAGCUGAAGUUCCUCAAGCUGCUCAAGCUCCUGUUAGUGGGCAGGCAGUCAACCCUCCAGCCCAGGCUCCACAACCAGCAGUACCUGCUAGUGGGCCCAAUGCAAACCCACUAGAUCUGUUUCCCCAGGGCCUUCCCGCUGUGGGUUCAAAUGCUGGUGCAGGCACCUUGGAUUUCUUACGUAACAGUCAACAGUUCCAAGCCUUGCGAGCUAUGGUUCAAGCAAAUCCCCAAAUAUUGCAGCCUAUGCUUCAGGAACUAGGAAAGCAAAAUCCGCACCUAAUGCGUCUUAUCCAGGAGCAUCAGGCUGACUUCUUACGCCUGAUAAAUGAACCUGUUGAAGGAGAAGGGAACCUACUCGGUCAGGUAGCUUCAGGUAUGCCACAGGCUGUGACUGUCACACCUGAGGAGCGUGAGGCCAUUGAACGUCUUGAAGCAAUGGGCUUUGAUCGAGCAAUAGUAUUGGAGGUUUUCUUUGCGUGCAACAAGAAUGAGGAGCUGGCAGCCAACUAUCUCUUAGAUCAUAUGCAUGAGUUUGAAGACUGAUCAAAGUGGUUUUUAUUCUCUUUUUUCUAUAAUAUCAAGACUUCUCUGCCAUGUUGGUCGAGUUUGUUUUAGUGCUCUAGUGUCUUAUUCCACCUAUUUGUUCUGUGGAGUCUGGAGUAGAGAUGCUGUCAAGUUGUUCAUGCCUCCCCCUUUCAAGCACAUUUUCCAGAUAUAUUUUUUUUAUUAUUAUUUAUUUUUUUAAAAAAAAUAUUGGGUCCCAUAUUAUAUAAAUUUUCUGUUGGAAUAUGGAAAUAACGGUUUCUUUUUUUCC